AUGCUAAGCGAAGAGAGUACAUCCACUAUCAACAGAGAACAAAUAAAGCAACUUUACAAAAAUGGUAUCUACUAUCGCGAACUAAUUACUGGAAAGUCUCCCGAGCUGAUCGUCGAAAACCUGGAUCUUACUCUUGAUAAAAAAACCUUAUUUAUGGAUCUGGACUUUUCAGUAUCGCAUGGUGACAAGGUGACUAUAGUCGGAGAGAAUGGGAGCGGAAAAACUACUUUUCUCAGUCUUUUAGCCGGGGUUGAUGAUUAUCCUUAUUCUGGGUCCAUUGAAAUUGAAGGUAGGAUUGGUUUCCUUCCUCAACACUUUGAAGAAGUUGAUGGGAACUUACAGGCAAUUGAAGUGUUACUCAGGUCAUUGUACGAUGAUGAGAUUAAUGAGUUUUUAAAAUUACCCUUGAAGCCUUUCUCACAGGAGUGGCUCCAAGAGCUCAACUCUCUGGGCGGGCAUGAGAUAUUCAAGCAAUUUUCUCACAUUGGGCUAGACAAAGAAGUAUUGAAUCGUGCUUUCAAGUCUCUAAGUGGUGGUGAGAAGACCAAAACUCUUCUCUGUGCACUAAGCAUUCUGGACCCUGACUUCAUCUUGCUGGAUGAACCAACAAAUCACCUGGACAACAAAGGAAUUGCAUGGUUAGAGUCUUUUCUGAAAAGGUUUGGGGGCGCUGUUGUAAUGGUUUCCCACGACCGUGCUUUGAUUAAUGGAGUUUCAAAUUUCAUUUCGGAGUUAUCCCCAUAUACCAAAAAGUUUACACAUUUCAGAGGUGGCUACAAACACUACUUGGAAGAAGAAAACAAGAGACGACAAAGAUCUAUUGAAGAUAGACGGUUUCAAGAUAAGGAGCUCAAAAAACUGAAGUCCAAGGCUGUUCAAGCUCAAUCGAAAGUUAAGUCACGAAUUGUUAGAUCUGGGUCAGAUAGAGAUAAACUGAGUUAUAAUAACAAAGAGCAAAGAGCUCAGAAGGGGAUUAUGGGUUUAGUUAAUCAGAUCACUGAUAAAGUUGACCAUCUGAAUGACAAUUUAGUUGAAGUCAUCCCAGAUAGAUCUCAAGUUUCCUUCGAUUUUGAUGGUCUUUCUGCGUUAAGCUCUCUUUUGGGGAUAACUGUAACUGACAUAUCGAAAUCGUACGAAAAGAAGAUUUUUUCCAACGUAUCUUUUACGCUGACGAAAGGUGAAAGAUUGAUCAUUCAGGGGCCGAACGGCUCUGGUAAAACAACUUUAAAUCGGAUUCUCAUGGGCCAUACUCAACCCGACAGUGGAUUAGUUACUAUUAGUGGGAAUGCAGUUGUUGGUUUCUUGGAUCAGGAACAGGAAAACCUUCCUUUAGACAAGUCUCCAGUAGAGUUGUUGGAAGAAGAUCCUAAAAUCAAGGCAUCAAGGCAGACGGCAAUUCGUAAUUUACGUGACUUUGGCAUCUAUAAGUGGCACGAUCUAAAAAGUCCUUUAAAACAUUUGAGUGUCGGGUGCCGUCGUAAAUCACAGCUUUGUCAAAUUAUCAUGAGGAAAUGCUCUAUCCUUAUUUUAGAUGAACCUACGAACCAUAUUGACUUCCCGAGCUUAGAAGCUAUUGAAGAAGCGUUGCUUAAAUUUCCGGGGAUUAUCAUUGCAACUACACAUGAUAGGUACUUCACGGAAAAGGUUGGCACAAGAGUCAUAGACUUCUCAAACUACACUACAGAAUGA